AUGGUAGUUCAGACUGAAGAAGAAGAAAAGAAGGGAAAAGAUGAAACAGUGAGAAAGAAUAGGAAGGAUGAUGAUGACAGAGACUGCCCCCCUCCAUACUCUACUCCUCAAACUCUCCACCCAGUGUUGCCGAAUCUGCCUCCUCCUCCACCACCUCCAGCUGAUCCGCUGGACACCAGACCACUACAACCUGCUGCCCCACCCCCUGUCUCUCCAAACACCCCAGUGAUUGAUCGUCUGGCAUGGAGCCUGGCUGAAGUCCUGACAGGGUCUGGAGUGAAUCCGGCCUGUCCCACUGGAGGUGCGGUGGGGGGAGCACGCCAGAAGGGAAAGAAGACAAACAAUCCUUUUCUUAAGGCUCCUCCACCCAGCUCCAGUGAGGAAAGUGAGGACGGAGGGGCACCCCUGCUGACUCCCCCGCUGAAGGACCGUCUACGGGCUAGGAUGGAGAGGCGUGCCUCUCUCCCUCCCCGUACGACCCAGCAUCAGACAUGUAUCAACAAUAUCCUCUGAUGGCCUGUCCCAACCCUCAGCCUUGAGCCGACGAUGCCAAUGCCGCAGCCGCCGCAGCCUGGAACCCCAUUGUGUAUGUCCAGAGGACGUGGAGACAUGAUGAAAUCAAAGACAUUGUAGAAGACCUACCAGACCCAAGUAAGGACGUUGUGAAAUAUUCAGCAGAGAUGAGGGUGUUGGUGGGUCAGUAGAAACCAUCUGCUGCUGAGAUAGCCCAUAUCUGUAAAAAGAAACUGGGAUUCAGAUGGGCGGAUGUAGAGAGACAGUUUGAUUGCAACUACCUGUGGGCUGAGAAUGGUGCGUAUCAGGACCAGAUAACGGCGCUGCUGGCCAAGAUUGUUGAGAUGUAUCCAACCAAGACCGACUGGACUGCCAUCAGAGCAUGCACUAUGAAGAAAAAUGAGGGCCUUGAGGCUUUCAGAAAGAGACGUGAGACCUGUUUCAGGAUACACAGUGGUAUCAGACCAAACAAACAUGCAUAUGGUGAUCUGCUGAAAGAUGCAAAGGGGGGCCCCAGAGGUAGAGGAGCACCUGCAUGGAUGCCCCCAUUCCAACAACAGCCAUGGCAGCCACCUCCCAACCAAUGGCAGGGCGGGCCACCUCAUGGGGUCCAGCAACAGUGGGGCCCACAAGAAGUCCCUCAAGGCAGAGGCCAACCUGGGGCUUGACAGACGGGGCCGCCUGCACAGACGACCUUGCACAUUCCAGGACCAGGACAGGAGGAGGAGUAUUGACAUGAUGAGGAGACAGGGACAGUUGUGUUAGAAUCACCAGAGCAACCAGAGCAUUUGUUUUUAAAGAGUCACACCCUUCCCAGAGUAGAGCCAACCGUGGAGGGUUUCGUCAAUGGUGAGUCAAUAAUAUUUAUUGUUGAUACUGGGGCUGCUAUGUCUGUCAUUAACUGCAAGGCUAUGACAAAACCUCCCAUGUCUAGUGAAACAGUCAGAACUGUAGGGGUUUCAGGCCUCCCAUUCAGAGAUUAUGUAACUAUGCCUCUGCCUGUCUCCUUUUGUGAGGAGAAGUUUCAGCAUCAAUUUCUCUACUCUGACCACUGA